AUGGAUAUGAGCCAAAAGAUGAUAGUUAUUAAAAAUAUUAUAAAAAAUAUUUUUUAUAUAUUUAUACUACUUUUGACUAAUAAAUCUAAAGCUGAAGAAUUAUUAUCACAAGUAUUGCAUAGUUGA